CUCCACAGAUGGGUUCCAGUAAAGAGGAAUCUUUACCCGUGCAAGGACCUUCCAGUCGCUCAUCAGUGACCAGUUGGAUAACAUCUGAUAUAAACCAAGAGAACGCUGAAGGAUACUCAGUACAUUGUCAGAUAAUUAGAUAUACAACUAGAGGUACAGACACAUAAUCAUGUGGAUUUAUAAAUUUCUCCUCUGCGUUGCGCUUCUAGUUUACUCAGAGAGCAAGCGGAACCCUCUUCAAGACUUCCAGAAGAGCGAUGGUGUUUCCCUGCUGACCCCGUCCGAGUCCUCCUACCAGACCAAGACCAAGCGAUUAAGUCUGGUGAAGUGUGCUCGAAGGUGCCGAGGGAACAGGAAGCUGCCAUGCAGGGCCUUCAGUUAUGAUCACAAAAACAGGAAAUGCCAGUGGCUCUCGUUUGACAGUCUCACUCCAGGCGUACACACGGAGAAGGACUUCAACUUUGACCUCUACGAGAAGAAAGAUUACGUGAGAGAGUGCAUCGUCGGGACUGGGCAGGGCUACAAAGGAAGGAGGUCCCUAACGGAGAGUGGUGUACCGUGCCAGCGCUGGAGCUCGUUCGUCCCACAUGAUCACAACUUCCUGCCAAGGAAGAACAGGAAGAAGGACCUCCGGGAGAACUUCUGCCGUAACCCAGACAACGCGACCGGAGGCCCCUGGUGCUUCACCGUGGACCCCAUGGUCCGCCUGCAGGCCUGUGGCCUUCCGCAGUGCUCAGAGGUGGAGUGUGUGAGCUGUAAUGGCGAGAGCUACAGAGGACCCAUGGACCACACAGAGAGUGGCCGGGAGUGCCAGCGCUGGGACCUGGACGAGCCCCACAGACACUCCUACCACCCCAAGAGGUACCCAGACAAAGGCCUGAAGGACAACUACUGCAGGAAUCCUGACGGACGCCAUAGGCCCUGGUGCUACACCACAGACCCCAACGUACCCUGGGAGUACUGCAGAAUUAAAGAAUGUGAAACCAGCGCUCACAGUGACAGUGACACAACAACGCACUGUUUCCGUGGCCGUGGCGAGGGGUAUCGCGGGGACGUGGGAGUGAGUCCUGGCGGCCUGACCUGCCAGCGCUGGGACUCGCAGUUCCCCCACCAACACUCAUUCACCCCCCAGAACUAUCACUGCAAAGACCUACGGGAGAACUACUGUAGGAAUCCUGAUGGCCGUGACCUUCCAUGGUGCUUCACGACAGACCCUAACAUUCCAGUGGCAUAUUGCAGCAACAUCCCCCACUGUGGAGUGGAGGGCUCCGAACCACAAGGUUGUUAUGAGGGCAACGGAGAGUCGUACAGAGGAACCGUGUCCAUGACCAGGUCGGGCAUUCCUUGCGACACGUGGAAAGGCCGCUCUGAGAGUACCACCAAGAGCGCGGAUGCGGCGGUGCUGAGCGUUGACCCUGAGAAGAGCUACUGCAGGAAUCCAGAUGGCGAUAAGCACGGGCCCUGGUGUUACACCAACAACUCCUUCAUCCGAUGGGACUACUGCAUGUGCAAGCCCUGUGAAACUUCAAUCAACAGUCUCCCACAAAACAUUGAAGCUCCCAAGGCGGCGUGUGUCAUUCAUAAAGCGGUCCGUAUCGUGGGAGGGGGCCCUGCCCCGCCCAGGGAGGGUAGUUGGAUGGUCAGCAUUCAGAAAGGGGACAGUCACUGGUGUGGAGGGUCCCUGAUUCGCGAACAUUGGGUGCUGACUGAUCGGCAGUGUUUCUCCUCCUGCGUGCCUGAUUUGACUGAAUACAAGGUGAUAUUGGGAGUCGCUCACCUCAAUGAGUCUGUGCAGACCGAGCUCCCACGACAGGAAGUGAGGAUCUCCUACAUCCUGUGUGGCCCUGAAGGUUCUGGACUGGCCAUGCUGCGGCUCACACAGCCUGCUCUCGCAGCACCAAACAUUAGGCUUAUCCAGCUGCCUGUAGCAGGCUGUGCUAUCCCUGAGGGCACAAUGUGCACUAUGUAUGGCUGGGGAGAGACCAAAGGCACUGGCCAUGAGGAUGUGCUCAAGACGGUGAAACUGCCAAUCGUCAGCAACCAGAAGUGCAGAGAGAACCACCGUGGGAGCCUGCAAAUAGGCGACAAUAAAAUGUGUGCUGGCGGACGCAAAGACGAGGGUGUAUGUGAGAGAGACUACGGUGGCUCAUUGGUGUGUGAAGACCGUGGGAUUAAAGUCAUCAUCGGUGUAAGUGUCCAUGGCAGAGGCUGCGCCCGCCACAAUCGCCCCGGGAUCUUCGUCAAUGUUGCGUUCUACGCCAACUGGAUCCAUAAAGUGUACAGACACUACCCUGAACAGAACUACUGAAAGUGUUUGAAUAAUCAGCAACGAAAUUUGAGUUGGAAUGAACUCAAAAACUUCCUGACAUGACAUGACAUUCUUCAAGGUUAAACCUUGAAGCCACGAGGGCCUGACGUGAACAGUGUGAAUGGACUCCCAGUGAUGUAACACUAACAACAGCAACGGCCUCAAGCACCACACGGGAUCGUGGUCCACCAAGAACACACUGAUCCCUGCAAGAUUCUGAACCACUGGACCUGUGAUCGUCAUUGACCAAGAUCAGAAUCCUACUUAAUCUGGAACUUUGUACCACAGCUGUAGGUCAUCUGUAUGCCACCUCUGUCGGUGCAGACAAGUGAGUGUGUGUGUGUGUGUGUGUGUGUGUGUUGUGUGUGUGUGUGUGUGUGUGUGUGUGUGUGUGUGUGUGUGUGUGUGUGUGUGUGUGUGUGUGUCUGUGUGUGCGGAGAGGAGAGGCGAUUGAUAAGAUCAGUAAGCCUGGAUUCCGUUUGCGUCUCUGUGUCCAGGAGGUGCCCUCUAAAGGGAGAUCAGUGGAUUUGAUACGGCUUUUACCAGGCCUCGGCUAGGAAGUGCUCUGGGCAUUCCACCCACCAAGGCCUCAACAAAAGCUCUAUCCAAUCCACCGUAAUAAGUUCUUACGGUGGCAGUCAGGCUGAGUUCUACAAAAGUACUCGGAUGUUUGUCGGCCUCUGGAAUAUUAUCUCCUGAAACUACUUGAAUUGUUUAUGGAACGGUGAGGUGAUUGCUCUGUGGGUUUUUGUUUAGUUUUUUUUUUUUUUUUUUUUUGAGUCGGCUGGGGCGUUUAUUCGGCUCCCGCUGUACAGCACUCUGCUACACAAACAGUAAAGAGUUUUUACUUUCAGGCUCAGAUAUCCAGUGUUGUAAUGUUGUAAUAACAUCAUGUUAUAUGUACUACACAGCGUGUUAUAAAGCCUGCAUAAGCCUGUGGUAAUGUCACUAUAGCAGCGCCUCAUAACACCAGGAUAUCUAUAAAAAAAAACAAUGUAUUAUAACAGUAUCUUAAGCAGCUGUAGAUAAUAAUAUUUGAAGUGAGGUGUCACUGUGUUGUACUUAAUAAUUUAAUUGUAUGGGUAUGGUUCUAUGGGUCUUAUAGACCUUUGCUAUGGAGACAUGAUAGGCCUCCUCCUUUCACAGUAUUAGUUUGGGUAUAUUUCAUUAAACGGGAGAACAAAUGCCUGUCUUCUAAGUUAGUUUUCUAAGAGACUAGCUGGUUUGGAUUUCACUCCCAGUCGAUAAGAAAUAUAUUUCUAAAAUAAUCCUGGAAAUGAAGAGGCCAGUACGGAGGUCGUGUGUAUAUAGUCUUGUUUCUGUGUUCUGAUCCUGGGAGAGUGUGUCCAUGUGUGAUGUAGCAAACCUCAGAGGAGUACGUCAGUAUUACCGGAGAUGAGUAAGGCUCUGCAGGGCAGAGUAAGUGUGUCUGCGUGUGUGUUUGUGUGUGUGUGUGUGUGUGUGUGUAUGUAUGUGUGUUUGUGUUUAUUUUUGUUUAUGUGUUUGCACAAGAGUGUGUGUGUGACGCAGACAGACAGAGAGGGCAACAAAGGGAGAGAGAUGAGUCAUGUCUGACCUUGUAUGCAGGUCAGAAUGAUUUUUGGGAUCAGGAUUUUGAUUUUAUUCCAGGUUAUUUUUAACUAUGUGACCCUUUUUUCCACUAUUUGUGUGCCUUUGGUCUUGAGAUGGAGGCACCAAGAGCAGUGGCCCAGUGUGUAUCAGAGUGUCUAAGUGGCAACAGGCUUGUUCAUCGUUUGGUCUCCUCAUUUUACGCCUCCAGCAAUGGCACUGUUCCAAAAACAACCUUCUCUGGAAAUUACCCUCCCCAGAACACACAUACUCCCACACAUACACACACACACACACACAUACACAGACAAACACACACACACACACACACA